AUGACCAGUGCAGAAGAGUACAAAAACCAGGGCAACGAGUGCCUGAAACGAGGCGAGUACGAGAAGGCGUCGCUGCUGUACACCGAGGCGAUCAAGCAGGACGACUCGAACGCCGUGUAUUUUUCCAACCGGGCCCAGGCGGCCAUCAAGAUGGAGCAGUACGGUCUGGCCAUUUCUGACGCCGACCGGGCCCUCGCAAUCGACGCCAACUACAUUAAAGCGUACUACCGCCGAGCAACCGCACACGUUGGCGUGCUCGACUACAAAAAGGCCCUCGAAGACUACAACGAGGCUGCCAGACACGCCCCCAACGACCCGGCCAUCAAGUCCAAAAUCGUCGAAUGCAAGCGAGUUCUACGCAUGCAGGCCUUCCAGCGGGCUAUCGAAAUCGAAGACCCCCCCAGUAUUUUUGAAACGUUGGACUUGGAGCAUAUCCCCGACACGGAAAAGACGGGGCUCGCUCCCUUGGACGUUGAAACCCUGACCAGAGACUAUGUGUUCAAUAUUGUUGACUUGUUCAAGAGAGGCGAGCUGAUCUCGCGCCGAAAGGUCUUCCAAAUUGUCAAGGCGGCCAUGGCGCUCUUCCGCUCCGAGCCCACGAUGGUGGAAUUGCCGCGUCCUGAACCGGAUCACAAGGUCACGGUAUGCGGUGACACCCACGGCCAGUUCUACGACCUGCUGAACAUUUUCAACAAAAACGGCUGGCCCUCUGACAAGCACACGUAUGUUUUCAAUGGCGACUUUGUGGAUCGCGGGUCUUGGUCGACCGAGAUCGCUCUAACUCUCUACCUAUUCAAGAUUUUGCUGCCCAACAAUCUGUUUAUUAACCGUGGUAACCACGAGAGCGACAGCAUGAACAUCACUUACGGCUUUGCUGGUGAGUGCAAGGCCAAAUACAACACCGACAACGUUUUCAAGUCGUUCUCCGAGUCGUUCUCUACGCUGCCUCUGGCCACUCUCCUGGCCGACCAAUACUUUAUCGUGCAUGGCGGACUGUUCUCGAGAGACGAUGUCACACUAGACGAGAUCAGAGGCUUUGAUCGCUUCAAACACAAGCAGCCUGCCGACAAGGGCAUUAUGAUGGAGAUGCUCUGGGCAGACCCGCAAGACCAGCCCGGUCGCCAGCCUUCGAAACGCGGCAUUGGUCUGCAGUUCGGCCCCGACGUCACCAAGGCCUUUUUGGAUGCCAACAACCUCAAAGCCAUCAUCCGGUCACACGAGGUGCGCGAUAAGGGCUACAGUUAUGAGCACGAUAACCGACUGAUCACAGUGUUUUCCGCGCCAAACUACUGCGACUCCGUGGGGAACCUCGGUGCAUACAUCAACUUCGACAGCAGCAUGGACCCUGAUAUACAACAAUUCGAGGCCCAGCCUCAUCCUAAUGUCCCUGCCAUGGCCUACGCGUCUAACCUUAUCCGUUAA